GUGAGACUUUCUCCUCAACUGAAAGGAAGUUUAAAAGGAAUCACUGUUUCCCUCUGUGAUCUAAGCCACCUACAGCCACCUCCCAGGCCCCCCAGCCACGCUAGUGGUCCUGCCGGCUCCUCCUUCCUGGGCUGACAACCGGCCAUUCCGAGCGCUUUUGUCCCUCCUCCAUCUCCAGGGCUGUGCCAGGAUGGAGGUCCUGAGGGAGAAAGUGGAGGAGGAGGAGGAGGCCGAGCGCGAGGAGGGGGUAGAACGGCCCUCAAGGCCCGAGAAAAUGACCAAGCUGCUGCGGAAGGAGGCCACCACCCUGACACCGGAGAUGCUGAGAGACAUGGAGCAGAAGCUGUCAGAGAUCAAGGUCCCCGUCCCAGGGGAGCCCUUGACCAGUGACACCAUUGACAUCGCCAAGCUGCCCCUUUCGUACAGAAUCAACACACCUAAGGAGGAACAGCUGCUGCAGGUGGCAGACAACUUCUCUCGCCAGUACAGCCACCUGUGCCCAGACCGCGUGCCCCUCUUACUGUACCCGCUGAAUGAAUGCGAAGUGCCCAAGUUCUUGAGCACGACCAUCCGGCCCACGCUGAUGCCCUACCCUGAGCUCUACAACUGGGACAGCUGUGCCCAGUUUGUCUCCGACUUCCUCACCAUGGUGCCCCUGCCUGACCCCCUCAAGCCGCCCACAUACCUGUACUCCUCGACCACGGUGCUCAAGUACCAGAAGGGCAACUGCUUCGACUUCAGCACGCUGCUCUGCUCCAUGCUCAUCGGCUCUGGCUACGACGCCUACUGCGUCAGCGGCUACGCCUCGCAGGACCUGUGCCUCAUGGACCUGACGCGGGAGGUGUGCCCGCUCACCAUGAAGGCCAAGGAGGUGGUCCAUGAGGAGGAAAGAGUACCACCUAAGAAGUAUGCCAUCAAACCCCCCAGGGACCUGAUCAGCAGGUUUGAGAAGGAGCAGGAGACCAAGAGACAAGAGGAGAUCAAAAUCGCAGAGGAGAAGCGGCUGAGGGAGGAAGAGGAGCGUAUCAUGGAGGCGGAGAAGGCACCACCUGACCCCCUGCACGGCCUGCGGGUACACUGCUGGGUCCUGGUGCUGUCGGGGAAGCGCGAGGUGCCCGAGAGCUUCUUCAUCGACCCGUUGACAGCACGCAGCUACAGCACCCAGGAUGGCCACUUCCUGGGCAUUGAGAGCCUCUGGAACCACAAGAACUACUGGGUCAACAUGCAGGACUGCUGGAAUGGCUGCAAGGACUUGGUCUUUGACCUGGGAGACCCUGUGAGGUGGGAGUACCUACUCCUGGGGACCGAUAAGCCUCACCUGCUCACGACUGAUGAUGACGAUGAUGGGGUGAAUGAUGACGAUGAUGAUGUGGAAAAUCUGGGCAAGGAGGAUGAGGAGAAGAGCUUUGACAUGCCAUACUCGUGGGUGGAGCAGAUUGAGAUCUCCCCAGAAGCAUUCGAGACCCUCUGCCCCAACGGGAAGAAGGUAAUCCAGUACAAGAGGGCGAAGCUGGAGAAGUGGGCCCCAUACCUCAACAGCAAUGGCCUCGUGUGCCGCCUCACCACCUAUGAGGAUUUGGAGUGUACCAAUGUUUUGGAGAUAAAGGAGUGGUACCAGAACCGGGAGGACAUGCUGGAGCUGAAGCACAUGAACAAGACCACAGGCCUAAAUAUCGACUACUUCAAGCCAGGCCACCCCCAGGCUCUGCGUGUGCACUCAUACAAGUCCAUGCUCCCCGAGAAUGACCGGGCUAUGGAGUUUUACGAGUCGGCCCGUGUGGAUGGCCUAAUAAAGCGGGAAGAGACGCCCAAGACGAUGACGGAGUUCUUCCGGGGGCGGCCAGACUUCCUCUCUUACCGCCACAUCGACUUCGGCCCUAGGGUCAAGAAGCUAACUCUGAACAGUGCAGAAUCCAACCCCCGGCCCAUGGUGAAAAUCACAGAGCGGUUCCGCCGCAACCCCGCGAAGCCCGCGGAUGAGGACGUGGCGGAGCGUGUCUUCCUGAUCGUGGAAGAGCGCAUCCAGCUGCGCUACCACUGCCGCGAUGACCACAUCACGGCCUCCAAGCGCGAGUUCCUGCGGCGCACCGAGGUGGACAGCAAGGGCAACAAGAUCAUCAUGACGCCCGACAUGUGCAUCAGCUUUGAGGUGGAGCCCAUGGAGCACACUAAGAAGCUUCUCUACCAGUACGAGGCCAUGAUGAAGCUCAAGAACGAGGAGAAGCUGUCCAGACACCAGGCCUGGGAGUCGGAGCUGGAGGUGCUGGAGAUCCUGAAGCUUCGAGAGGAAGAGGAAGAGGGGCACAUGUUGACCAUCUCCAUCUAUGACACCAAGCGCAAUGAGAAGAGCAAGGAAUAUCGGGAGGCCAUGGAGACACAAGAGCUGCAGAAGAAGCAGCAGUGGUACCAGGAGAACCAGGUGACCCUGACUCCCGAGGAUGAGGAUCUGUACCUGAGUUACUGUUCUCAGGCCAUGUUCCGCAUCCGCAUCCUAGAGCAGCGGCUCAAUCGACACAAGGAGAUGGCCCCCCUGAAAUACCUGGCUCUGGAGGAAAAGCUCUACAAGGACCCACGCCUAGUGGAGCUCCUCAAAGUCUUUGCUUGAUGCCCCUCC